AUGCGAGGAGUACAAAGAAACCAUAGACUUUCCGCGUUCACCAAUCAGUAUCAAAAGAAAGCACAACCCCGUAACUCAACACAAACGUCUCCAGCAUGGCCGACCAAGGCGCCUGGCUUGCCUCCCAAAUGCCCAAAGAAUGUCUCCACGACUUCGAACAGCAUCCAUGGAUCCAAAAAAAUCCUAUCCGAUCCAUCAUGCAAAGAAAUCCCCUUCCAAUCCCGAACCAUACCCCGGAAUUCCAGUAUCCAUUCCCUCUUCAACCGCACACUCGCCACUCUCGAUACUCUUCGAGCCUGUCAAGCUUUCCUCUGGAUUCGCGAUUGUAGAGAAAACGAAACUCCGGACUCUGAUGAUGGGAAACGGAAGAAAGAAUGUCUUUUACUCGCUUCUAUGGGACGUGGAUUAGAUGGACAUCCCGGAAUGGCGCAUGGGGGAACGAUUGCUACGUUGUUUGAUGAGGGAUUGAGUCUUGCAGGUGCAUUACAAGUUCUGGAGAAGGCUUUUGUAACUGGACAGAGUACGAUCAAGUAUAAAGCUGCGGUGUCGACUCCUGGGAUUGUUUUGGUGAGGUGUUGGUGUGGUAGGUUUGAGGGGAGGAAGGCUUGGGUUAAAGGGACGAUGGAGGAUGGGGAGGGGAAGGUUUAUGCUGAGGCUGAGAGUUUGUUUAUUAUGGUUAAGGAGAAGCUGUGA